GCUCUCGCGCUGUGAUUCAACUGGAGAAAGGAUAAAGUGUCCAAACACAGAGAAAAACUCCUGCUGAAGCGACUGAUCUCCACACUUUUAUAAAGAUGGCGUUUAUUAAAGAGGAGAGUGAAGAUGUGAAGAUUGAAGAAACAUUCACAGUCAAACAGGAAGAUCUGCAGGAACAAACAGACCUAUUUGAAGAGUAUGAGGGGAGUAAAGAGGAGGAACAUCAUAUCAAAAUUGAGGAAAAAUCUAAUUUACAGACUGAUGGUAUUUUGAAAAGGAGAGACAAGAAUCGUUUCACAUGCACUCAGUGUGAGAAUAGUUUUAACAGCUCAUCACACCUUAAUAUACACAUGAGGAUCCACACUGGAGAGAAACCAUUCACAUGCACUCAGUGUGGGAAGAGUUUCAGCCAAUCAUCAAACCUUAAUCAACACAUGAGGAUCCACGCAGGAGAGAAACCAUUCAGAUGCACUCAGUGUGGGAAGAGUUUCAGCUGCUCAUCAUACCUUAAUCAACACAUGAGGAUCCACACUGGAGAGAAACCAUUCAUAUGCACUCAGUGUGGGAAGAGUUUUAGCCAAUCAUCCUACCUUAAUCAACACAUGAGAAUCCACACUGAAGAGAAACCAUUCACAUGCCCUCAGUGUGGGAAGAGUUUCAAUUGCUUAGCACACCUUAAUAAACACAUGAGGAUCCACACUGGAGAGAAACCGUUCACAUGCACUCAGUGUGGGAAGAGUUUCAGCCAAUCAUCAUCCCGUAAUCUACACUUGAGGAUCCACACUGGAGAGAAACCAUUCACAUGCACUCAGUGUGGGAAGAGUUUUAACUGCUUAUCACACCUUAAUAAACACAUGAGGAUCCACACUGGAGAGAAACCAUUCACAUGCACUCAGUGUGGGAAGAGUUUCAGCUGCUCAUCAGACCUUAAUAGACACAUGAGAAUUCACACUGGAGAGAAACCGUUCACAUGCACUCAAUGCGGGAAGAGUUUUAGCCAAUCGUCAUCCCUUAAUCACCACAUGAGGAUUCACACUGGAGAGAAACUAUUCACUUGCACUUAAGCAGUGGUCACACUGGACUUUUCUCCCCAUAGACUUCUAUUCAUACGCACAAGAAUGCGUCAGACUGAAAACGCAAGUUUGUGCAUCAAGUUUCGCAGUUCACUCCAUUGCAAAGUUCAAGCUUGAUGAACUCUGACCUUCAAAAUUGCAUCACUUGACUGUGUGAGACCAAUCGAAGAUAAAAACAUGACCUCUCUGGACAGAAAUGUAAAAUAUGGACCAACCGCUCACUGUUUUUAAUGCGUAAUCAUGUUUUUUAAUCCCGCCCCUUUGCAAAGCUCCAUACAACAUAAUUUUGAAUGCUCAAACUCUAGUGUGACCACAGCUUCGGUGUGGGAUGAGUUUCAGAAACUCCUCAGACCUUAAUAAACACAUGAGGAUCCACACUUGGAAACCAUUCACAUGAACUCAAUGUGGGAAGGGUUUCAACAGAUCAGCAGACCUUAAUGAACACAUAAAGAUUCAUACUGGUGUGAAAGAGUAUGUGUGCUUGAGUGUGAGAAGACUUUUCUUACAGCUCCAAAAUUGAAACUGCACCAGACAAUUCACACUGUUACAUGAGGUUUAAUCAGUUAACACAUCUGAAAACACAAAAGGAGAUUCACACUGGAGAGAAACCGUACAGAUCUGAUGAGUGUCUACAGAGUUUUGCUCACUCGGCGCAGCUUAAGAAACACAUAGACAAAAAGUUGCACACAUGACAUGAAUGCAGCAAAACAUUUUCUCAUGUGCACAGGAUGUUUCAUGUCUGAAUAAUGUUUGAAAAGGCUGAGUGACGAUAUACUGUUUUUUAACACUCCUUCACUGCAGUAGGUGAGGUUGGAAAUGUGUUGUGCUCCUCGUGUUUACCUUAAACACAAUGAUGACGGCUGAGAGAAGAACAGUUUCAAAAACAUCUGGCAAACAGCACCUCUGUGGCUUAAAAUCUCUUUGCAAGUGAUUGUACAGGUGCGGAUACAUCUGUACUCCACUCUCCAGUGUAUUCAUGUAGCUAGUGUUGUUUUAGAUGAUGUUCUCUGUCUGACUGCCUGAAUGAGAAACAAAUCACUGGGAAGACACCGCACAUUAAAGAAGGUGGAGCUCCCGGGCGGUUAGUUAGCAGUAUACCAGGGCCUCAAGUUUAGAAAGCCCAUUAAAUUGUUCUGUGUUGCAGCUUUUGUUAGUUAAGUUUCUUUACUUUUGGGUUCAAGAUUCUUUCUAGUUUACUACAUUUACUUUUUUGAGUAGAAUACAAACUUGAUGAAUAUUUGAUGAUUUAGGCAAAGCCACAGGUAUGAAGUUUUACAAUAUUAAUACACUGUGAUGAUCUCAACACUUCUGAUUGAAGUAUGUGGUAAAUCCUGAUUGGAGUAUGUGGAGUAUCCUGUUUGGAUGCCAGCAUUACUCAUUAAUGGGUAUAUAAAAGUUGUUAUGCUAGCUACUCUAGGACGCUGUGGCCACUCGGGAGUCCUUAUGUCAAGACCUGCCAUUUCAUUGUUUCUUUAAUCUUAUGGUUUUGUUUUGCAUUACUUAUAUCAUGUAGUUAAAGUGUUGUUGUGAUUAUAUCCCGCUUUUGAGGCUCUUUUGGUCUACUUCACUUUGUCAGAUAGGUCCUAUUUAGGUGAUUUCUUGAUUGCGAACAUGUGUGGUAGUAAUCAGGUCUGGGUGUGGCUAGAGAACUUGAAGCCAGUGUGGUAAAUUAAAUUUUUGUUUUAAUAAGAAAAAACAUUUUCACAUAGGUAGUAUUUUGUCUUCCUUUUAAUAAUAAAAACCUUAAUUUAA